GUGAUACAACGCCUCCCGUUGUGGAUUGUCCCCCUAGCCUCACCCAGACAGUUCAACUGGGGACCGUAAAUGUCACAAUAGAUAUAGGCAUUCCUUCUGCUUCCGAUGACUCUGGUAUGGUGGAGGUGGUGUCUUCGAAUCGACCAGCAGGAAAUCAAUAUCAGAUAGGAGCAACACCGCUAACCUUUACCUUUGCAGAUCCAUCAGGCAACGUGGCAUCUUGUUCGUAUAAUGUCAAUGUUGUAGCAGUUGAUACUAUUCCACCAGUUGUAAGUUGUCCACCCACCAUAACUAUCACGGCUUCGGCUGGUGAAACAAGCGCACAAGUGUCUGUCCCGAGUGCGACUGCUACCGAUAAUUCUGGCAUUGUUAUCCCUGAGUCCACUGAUCCGCCGUCUACGUUUCCUCUCGGGGCAACCUCCGUGACGUAUACUUUUAGCGAUCCAUCCGGCAAUCGGGCUUCUUGUACAUUCGAUGUCAUCGUUUUAGGAGGAACUCCGGCAACCAAUGUCGUGGUAGAUUCUACCACACAAGAUUCCAUCACACUAUCCUGGGCGUCCGUUCCAUCAAGUCUCAUUUAUCAGAUUGUGUAUAAUGACCCCAGUGGAACUCAGUCACAAACAACAACCACUGAAACUACUACCUUGACCAAUCUUCUUGAAGGCACUACUUAUAACAUCACCGUCCUUAGUUUCACCAGUGCAGGACAAACGGAAGUUGGCAGUGUUACUGCGACCACAUCUAUGGCAACAAGUACUACGGCAUGUAGCAGUGGACCUUGUCAAAACCUUGGGACAUGUUUCAUUAUAUCCAAUGGAUUCACAUGCAUUUGUCCGGGAGGCUUCACUGGAACUCAAUGUGAACUAAGAAUCCCGGCUACCAAUGUACUGGUAGAUUCUAUUACACAAGAUUCCAUCACACUAUCCUGGCCGGCCGUUCCAUCAAAUCUCAUUUAUCAGAUUGUGUAUAAUGGCCCCACUGGAACUCAGUCACAAACAACAACUUCUGAAACUACUACCUUGACUGGUCUUCUUGAAGGCACUGCUUAUAACAUCACCGUCCUUAGUUUCACCAGUACAGGACAAACGGAAGUUGGCAGUGUUGCUGCGACCACAUCUAUGGCAACACGUACUACGGCAUGUAGCAGUGGACCUUGUCAAAACCUUGGGACAUGUUUAAAUAUAUCCAAUGGAUUCACAUGCAUUUGUCCGGGAGGCUUCACUGGAACUCAAUGUGAACUAAGAAUCCCGGCUACCAAUGUACUAAUAGAUUCUAUUACACAAGAUUCCAUCACACUAUCCUGGCCGGCCGUUCCAUCAAAUCUCAUUUAUCAGAUUGUGUAUAAUGGUUCCAGUGGAACUCAGUCACAAACAACAACCACUGAAACUACUACCUUGACCAAUCUUCUUGAAGGCACUACUUAUAACAUCACCGUCCUUAGUUUCACCAGUGAAGGACAAACGGAAGUUGGCAGUGUUACUGCGACCACAUCUAUGGCAACAAGUACUACGGCAUGUAGCAGUGGACCUUGUCAAAACCUUGGGACAUGUUUAAAUAUAUCCAAUGGAUUCACAUGCAUUUGUCCGGGAGGCUUCACUGGAACUCAAUGUGAACUAAGAAUCCCGGCUACCAAUGUACUAAUAGAUUCUAUUACACAAGAUUCCAUCACACUAUCCUGGCCGGCCGUUCCAUCAAAUCUCAUUUAUCAGAUUGUGUAUAAUGGUUCCAGUGGAACUCAGUCACAAACAACAACCACUGAAACUACUACCUUGACCAAUCUUCUUGAAGGCACUACUUAUAACAUCACCGUCCUUAGUUUCACCAGUGAAGGACAAACGGAAGUUGGCAGUGUUACUGCGACCACAUCUAUGGCAACAAGUACUACGGCAUGUAGCAGUGGACCUUGUCAAAACCUUGGGACAUGUUUAAAUAUAUCCAAUGGAUUCACAUGCAUUUGUCCGGGAGGCUUCACUGGAACUCAAUGUGAACUAACUAUUGCAACAAGUACUGCAGUUUGUAGCAGCGGACCUUGUCAAAACCUUGGGACGUGUGUCGCAAUUUCAAAUGUAUUCACAUGCAUUUGUCGUGAAGGCUUCACUGGAACUCAAUGUGAACUAAUUCCUCUCGGCACAUCACUUGAUGUGUCUGAUCUGGGGACAGACUUCAUCACGUUGACUUGGGAAAAUGAUCCUUCACAGAAUAUUGUGUCAUACGUCCUUACUCUCUUUGAUGAAACUGGAACGACUGAAGUAUUCCCGGAGCAACCAUUAGCUCCUGAACCAACACUCACUUAUCAAUUCACGGGACUUCAGCCUGGUACCAAGUAUACAGUAGACGUCGACGUCAUAGUCGGUCUGAUUAGAAAUCAGUUUGCAUUAGAAAUGUUUUACACUCGACCCAAGCCGCCAGAGAACAUUAUCCUGUACACUCUGAGCAAUGCAAUCUCUUUCUUAAGAUGGGAUCCUCCCUCUUCUCCUGACAACUACUUCGAGGGCUACCGGGUAGCUUACCAGGACCUUUCUCCUGGGCCUGUCGUUCAGACUGCCCUUCCGUCUGCAGUUGGAAGCCAUGUUAUAGAUGGCCUACAGGACGGUGUGGCGUACGACUUCACAGUACUCACCACCAUCGGUCAAACUACUACAAGUCUAUUCGCAGAAUUCCCUAUUAUCACUCUUGGUUCGUCAGCCAAUGUAAGCGUUGGGGCGGUAACAGCCCGGGAACUGGAAGUUUACUGGACUAUCCCGCAAGUCUACGCACAGUCUUAUGUGGUUCAUCUAUUCAACGAGGGUGGCACGGAGGAACAUACCAGGACUGCCGGCGUCGAGAAUAUGUCCGUAGUCUUCCAAAAUCUAACUGCCGACACCGUGUACGUAGCUAUUGUCGAGACCGUUUCUGCAUCCUCACAAUUGUCUUACGUUGUCGGAUGGGAUCUAGCAAAAACAAAUGUUUUGUCGGGUUCAACCGUGAGUGUGGUAAACACAGAUUCUACUACAGCGACCCUUUCAUGGGCUGCUGUCCCGACAGCUACCGGCUAUGUGAUAUCUUACAUCAGCCAAGAUGUUGGAGACACAGGAACCUUCACACUAUCCUCACCUACUACCACAGCUACCGUGCCUGAUCUCCAAUCAGGUACAACGUAUACAUUUGCUGUGGUAGCAGCCACUACACCUCUGACCAAUGUGGGAACUGCUGUUGGUACUACAACAUUUUCCUCGGAAGUGUUGGUUGAUGAGGUAACGUUCAAUGCGAUCAGGCUCUCCUGGACCAAUAUCCCUGAUAGCUUCUUUUACCAGGUCGCCUAUCGGGACCAGAAUGGGCCUGGUGGACAGUUUGGGUCCAUUACAAAUACUGCAAUCAUCGAGGGUCUGGCCUCGUCUACCGCCUACAAUAUCACGGUCCUCGCUUUCACAUCCGCUGGACAAGUUGAAGUGGGAUCUGUAACAGUCUUAACGGAAAUUGAAUCAACAGUUGCAGUUAUCUCCAGAACAACAGAUACUAUCGUCCUCACUUGGGACCCUCUCCCAGGCGCUCUGGUGUACACGAUCAACUACACUGAUGGGGUCAGUAGCAAUGUUGGCCAGUCGUUUGACUCUUUUGCUACGAUCUCUGGUCUAAUGCAUAAUACCACGUAUGAAUUUUCGGUGAGGGGUUUUGGACAGUCGGGUGAGGUGAAUCUUGGAUCUGCGUCAACCCUUACAGCCCCUGAUACCUGCGCUUCAUCACCCUGUCUGAAUGGAGGGCAGUGUCUGAAUGAUUUCUCGAGCUUUUCCUGCCAAUGUGAUGUCGGAUAUCUCGGUGCUUUCUGUGAAACGGCGAUCCAGUGCGUUAUACCUCCAAUGCCUGAUGCCCUCAAUUCCUUUGAUGGAUUGUGUAACGGACCUUCAAUCAUCGAUUUUGGCCAUAGCUGUACAUACCGCUGUGAUCUGGGCUUUAUCAUCAGGGGCCAGACUACAUUAUCCUGCCAACCUAAUGGAACACUUGAUGGAACGUUCCCGACCUGUGAAGAUUUGAACGAAUGCAGCAACGGUUUGAUGUGUGAGGAUCCGAAUAGUUUCUGUCUCAACAAUGUGGGGUCCUUCAUGUGUGUUUGUAAUGGCGGAUUUCAACUCAUGCCUGAUGGGACAUGUCAAGCAUCUACUACUAUUGCCUGCACGGCUGAUCUUUGUCAGAAUGGAGGUACAUGUCUUGCAGAUGUCAACCGUUUGACGUGUGCAUGCCCUGUAGGAUUUACAGGGCCUGUCUGUGAAAUAGAUUUAUCAUGCGGUGGAGUCUCAUGUGGUUCUUCUCAGGUGUGUGUCAAUGAACAAUGUACGUGCCUCGAUGGUUUCAUACUUGAAGCAGGAUUGUGCCAAAGCUCUUGUUCUCCGUCUUGCGAUUUCGUCACUGAGAUAUGUUUAGAGACCUUGAGAGGCUUUGAAUGUCACUGUAGACCAGAAAGAGAGAGAAGCUUCUGGACUGGACUCUGUAUUCUUAGAAGUAGAGCUUUUGUCUCGGUGUUCACUAUUGAUGAACUCAGUGGGUCUCCGGUGGACUUCAAUCCUUCGUUCGCUGAUCCCACUAGCCUCGCUUUUCAGAAUGGAUCCGACGCAGUCACUGGUCUAUUACCUCUAGCAUUUGAGUCCGGUGGGAUGCCAGGCGUCAUCAGUGUAGAUGUCGGCGGCUUUUUCCAGGGUAGUCUGAUGUGUGAGAUAAUAGUAUACGUGGGCCAAGACUUUCAUGGUUCCGAGUCCGACCUGAAAAAGGUCCUACAGCCAAAUGAAACUUCACCUCGCUUCGCUGAUGAUACCCGCGAAUUGCUAAUUCGGAGAAACUCUGUCACUGUUCAUGAGAUUACCACCAUCAAUCUGUGUGAAGCUCCCGAGCUCAACGACUGUUCCGUGAAUGCUGUAUGUAUGGAUGGGGAUGGAAUCGGCUAUAUCUGUAUGUGUAUGGAGGGCUAUAUGGACAUCUUUCCGGAAUCAUUGCCUGGACGCUACUGCGUGGAAGAUACCUAUUCAACCAACGCACCAGGAACAGACCAAGUACCAGGAACAGGUCUUGACAAGAGGAGUCUUUUCAUCGGCCUAGUUUCAUCCGUUGCCAUAGUAAUCCUACUCGUUGUGACCGUGUUCUGCUUUAACCUUAUUCGCAUUCAUCGUGAGGAAUACAAGGUUAAAAGACGGGCUGCUGCUCCAGAGCACAACCUUGACGUCAAACCUCCUGAGGGCUGUGUUCAAUCCUCGGUUCCUGAUGUGUUCUUCAAGAAAUCCAGCCCUGCCGAUCAUACUUAUAUCAACGCUAAUCCGCAACUAGAUCAACAAUAUCCAUCUAAUUUUAACCUGGAGGCAAGUAAUUGUACUAUGGUCAUGGAUAUCCUGCAAGCUGAGGAGGACGGUAAUUGAUCUAAACAAGACCACAACGUUUAAAAUAAAAUGUUUCCUUUUCGGAAAAUAGACGGUAGUAUGGAGAAUUAAAAACAAACAAACAUUAUAAAUUAUUGUUAUUGCUGUAUAUACAUGUAUCUUGCUUCAGUUAGGACUUUGAUCAGUAAACUUAAAAUGUUUAUUCAGUAUAGCUGUAUAGUUUUUUUUACAGUUUUAUGGAGGUGCCGUGGUUUUGGAAAGAGUACUCUAGGCUGACCGGGUUCGAAUCCAGACAUCGUCUCUUCUCCGACUUCCCUUAUAUUAUGCAUGCAAAACGUUUACAAAAUUGCCCUACUGUCUGUAUAGUUGUCACAUACAUUAACAAUUUUUCAUAAAACUUGCUGCAGAUAAGAACUACCACAGUAAUAUAAUAAAUAAGCAUACAGCAAAUCAAACACGAUGACUCCAGUUUUAUGUAAUAUAAUGUUAAUGUUAACAAUGAUGACAUAUUUCUAGAACAAU